AAUGAGCCUCGUUCAGGAGCAUUUCUUAGUUCAGACACGGACGGAGAGCAGACAGAGAUAGGCUCUCCUCCUCCUUCUCCUCCUCCUCCUCCUCUCUGUCUCUCUCCAUCCAUCCAUCAUUCACCCGUAUGCGUCUUUUGGAUAUCCACCUCUCCUAAAGCGCGUCAGUCCGCUUGGAUCAGUCCAUCCUCCACAUGUCAUCUCCACUGUAGUCCCACAGGAGGCUGGUUUUAGUGUGAUGAUGCCUGGCUGAAAGGCUCACAAGCAGCGUACAUCUUCCAGCCAAACGCAGCGGGAUCGCCGACUGAAGGAGAGCUUGGUGCUCGCUGCUUUCUUCUCGGAGCGUGGCUCUGCGUAAUGGAUUUACUGUUGCCGGAGAAAAGUUGGAUUUUGUGAAAAGCCCGUUGGAUCCAUAAAAUGGACAGAAUUGGGGGGUGUUUUUAGAAAGGUGCUUUUGGGUUGGAAUCACAUCGUGAGAGGAAAUGUACAGAGCGUGGAUACUCUUCUUUCUCAUAGAAGAGGGUUUCGCUCUGGCACAGAGAACUAAAGAUUCCCCGACCGAGCAUGGCGCCCAGAGCCCUAACCAGAACGACUGUGGCACGUGGGUCCGCAACAUCAACGGCGGGGUGUUCACAUCGCCGAAUUACCCCAACACCUACCCGCCCAACAAGGAGUGUGUUUACAUCCUGGAAGCUCUCCCUAGACAAAGGAUUCAGCUGGCUUUUGAUAAGAAUUACUACAUCGAGCCAUCAUUUGAGUGCCGCUUCGAUCACAUCGAAAUCCGUGAUGGACCAUUUGGGUUCUCGCCGCUCAUCGAUCGCUUCUGUGGGGGCAAGAACCCGGGCCUGGUUACAUCAACGGGCCGUUUCAUGUGGAUCAAGUUCACCAGCGACGAGGAGCUGGAGGGCCUCGGCUUUCGAAUCAAAUAUACCUUCAUUGCAGACCCUGAUUUCCAUCUACACGUGGGCGGACUGCUAAACCCCAUCCCAGACUGUCAGUUUGAAAUAGGUGGAUUUGAUGGGAUUAUUCGCUCCAGUCAGGUGGAGGAAGAAGAGAGAGUGAAGCCUGGUGAUGCUCUGGACUGUAUCUGGACCAUCAGGGCUCCUCCUCAGUCCAAGAUCUACCUGCGCUUCAUGGAGUACCAGAUGGAACACUCUAAUGAGUGCAAGAAGAACUUUGUGGCCGUUUACGAUGGCAGCAGCGCCAUUGAGAACCUCAAGGCCAAGUUCUGUAGCACCGUGGCCAAUGAUGUGAUGCUGGAUAACGGUGUGGGAGUCGUGCGAAUGUGGGCCGAUGAGAAGAGUCGACUCAGCCGCUUCCGCAUGCUCUUCACCUCAUUUGUCGACCCCCCCUGUUCAGCCAAUACAUUCUUCUGCCACAGCAACAUGUGUAUUAACAACUCUCUGGUGUGCAAUGGAGUUCAGAACUGUGUCUACCCGUGGGAUGAAAACCACUGCAAAGAGAAGCGAUCUAAGGGUCUCUUCCAUCAGAUCACAAAGACCCACGGCACAGUCAUUGGUGUUUCGUCAGGCAUAGUUCUGGUUCUCCUUAUCAUCUCCAUCUUGGUCCAGAUGAAGCAGCCAAGGAAAAAGGUUGUAGCUCGGCGGCCUGGUGUUUUCAACAAGGCGGGCUUCCAGGAGGUCUUUGACCCGCCUCACUAUGAGCUCUUCUCUCUACGAGACAAGGAGAUAUCCUCAGACCUAGCUGACCUGUCUGAAGAGCUGGACAGCUUCCACAAGCUGCGGCGCUCCUCCACCAUGUCCCGUUGUGUCCACGAGCACCACUGCGGCUCGCAAGCCUCAGUCGCUACUGGAGGCGGCAGUAUGAAGCACAGCCGCACCACCCUGAGCUCCAUGGAGCUGUCCUACCACAACGACUUCUCCAAGCCACCACCCAUGAAGACUUUCAACUCCACAGCCAGCUACAAGAAAAGCUGCUACGGCUACAAGCAGCACGCACAGACUCAUGACUGUGACCAGCAGGUCAUUGAGGACCGCGUCACAGAGGAGAUCCCCUGUGAGAUCUAUGGGCGUGGGGGAGGAGGAGCGGGAGGAGCCACAGGUGGAGCAGCAAUGGGAGGAGGAGGAGCGUCGGGGAUGGCAGGAGGAGGGAUUGGAGGAGCAUCGGGGAUAACAGGAGGAGUGCCAAUGUCAGGAGGAAUGGGGAUGGCAGGUGGAAUGGGGAUGGCAGGAGUGGGGAUGGCGGGGCCUAGCGGCAUCGCUGGAGGUAUCGGUGGCGGGAUGGCGGGAGUCUGCGGAACCCUCAGUGUCCGCGGCAACAGCGCUCGUAACAGUACCACCAUAGUUGACCCCCAACAGCGCUCCAUGUCCAUGGACUUCUAGAUGGAGAAGGGUGGAAGAGUGGAAGAGAGGAAAUGCAGACAGAGCUUGCAUUUCACUCAUUGAAAGAAGAGAAGGAAGAGGAGAAAGAGAGUCACAACAGUCCUAAAUUGAUUGCCCCUGUCUUCUCUUCUUCCUUCACUCUCCAAACAGUAUUAAUAGUGUGGCAGGUAACACUUAAGGAUCUGCUCCUCUCAAAGUCUCAUCUGGAGGUCUGGGAAGAAUGGGAAACAAGAAUCAAGGAACAAAAAGAGGAGAAACACUGAAGAAAUUAAUAAUUCCGUUCUUCAGGAUACUGAAGGAUGCAGAGUUACAGGAGGCAGAAGACAUCACGUCUUUCCUCCAAACUUAUACUCAUUUAAUCUCUCCUUUCAUCAGACACAUAUAAGGAGAAGAUUGUUGCAUGCAGACCCAGACUUCUCUCUGUCUGGUUGCCUAAAAGACCAGGAAACCACUCAGACACAGAGAGAGGGAACAACAGAGAGACGUUCUAGACUGAGUUUUUACAUUUAUUCACCUGCCAUGUGCAGAUAUAUGAUAUAUGAUCUAUAGUGCGUCUUCUAAUAAUUUAUUUGAGUCUUUAUUUUUGUCAGUGUACUGUACUGUUAAAACCAGUAUAUAUCCAGCCUCAUGACGAUGCUUGGCUUUUAACUCUUUAAUCUUUUUCAAUUGUUGCUGAGAUGAUUUUAUGAAGGUGACCUAUCCAUAAUGUGUGGUGUUGAUGAUGAUGAUGAGGAUGUAGUUGAUGAUGAUCAUAAAGAUGAUGACAAUGAUGAUGUGAUAUUACUAUAAUAAUUAUGUAAUUUUCAUGGUUACCUCACACAUACACAGAAGGUACGUUUCAUUCAGUCUCUCCUCAGGAAGAGCACACGAAGAGACUUAUUUUGUUAAGAAAUAGAGAAAAAGACUAUUGCUGCUCUAUGAGCUUUACAGCAUAUGGGCAGUGAGUUUGAGGAAUAUGAAAUGUUUGGUUUUGAGACCUGGACUGAAUCUAAAUAGUAACCAUCCCACUCCCAAAUGCCACUCUUACCAGGAGAAAAAUGUAAUUUCUCAAUUUCCCUAUGAACUGAGUGUGUAAAACAAGCACAACCUGUUUCCCUAAAGAGACAGACAUGUAGCCUAUAUGGGACUCAUUUAUGAUUUAACCACUGGUUGUAUAAUUUCAUUCUGUUGAAUUAAAUGAGAGCUUACUCGCCUCCCUGUGUGAGCUUUCAUUCUUACCAAGAAAAGAUGUGAAUGGCACUACCUGUCAGCUGGAGAUGUGGCAUCAAGGUAAGACACACACGGA